GCUAAAUCGCAAGAUGGCGGAUCGUCGAAAAAAUCUUUAAAAGCAAAAUUGGUUUUGUGUAAAAAGCCCGACUUCGUGUGCAUUGGUGUGGUUGCGCCCAAAAUGCCCCUUUAAUAAUGCUCAUUCUAUGGACCAAAACUUAGUCGUAGUGAAAAAUGGGGCGAAACGGGUGGCGCGCCGCCGCUGGGCGAUCCUAGCCAAGGCUCUGAAGAGCCCCGUUGGGAGCGAGCCGUCGAGCCCCACCGACGAGUUCUCCCUCCGUCGCAUUUCUUCCUUCAUGCUCUUGCAGACGCAGCAGUUGGGGCCCCUCGACCCCAGGCGCUCGUGGUACAGCUACUCGAUCCGGGUCGGGGGCUGCGAGCACUCGAUCGUGAUCGGGCACCGCAUCCGCACGUUCUCCGCCGAAGACCUCAUGGGGUUCAACAACACGGGCAACAUCUGCAUCUGGCCCUCGGAGGAGACGCUGAGUUACUACGUGUGUUGCAACUUGGGGCGCUUCCGAGACAAGGCGAUUCUCGAGCUGGGGGGCGGCAUGUCGUGUCUGGCGGGGCUGUUCGCCGCCAAGUACGCCGCCCCGAAGACAGUCACCGUCACCGAUGGGAACAAACACUCGGUGGAGAACGUCCAAGCCGCGUUGGGGUACAACCAAUUCGCGUGUGGUGUCGAUUGUAAAUUGCUCAAGUGGGGCCCGGUUGAGGGGCUCCAGUAUGAUGUUAUUCUCUGCGCUGAUUGUCUUUUCUUUGAUGAGGCGAGGGGUGAUUUGAUUGAGUGUCUCUGGAGCUGUUUGGACGAGAGAGGGGUGGUGUUUGUUAUGGCCCCCAAACGGGGGGGCACGCUUGAUGAUUUUAUUGCUCAAUCGGAGAUUAAAGGCUUCAAGUGUAGGAAAAUUCUUAAUUAUAAUCAAGUUGUGUGGGAGAAGAGAUUGACGUUGAUUGAGCAUUGCGAGUACGAUGAUGAUAUUCAUUACCCAAUUCUUAUAGAAAUGACCAAAGUUUAAGUGACCUUAGUCGGAUUUUACAAACCUGUCUCGAGUUUAGAUUCCUUACCUGGGUUAUAUCUAGUCUGAUUGUUAACCUUAUCUGUGAUAAUUAAUACCAAUUUCCUCCGUGUUGUUACAAAUAGCCUUUUUGAGAGUGACAGGAUCCACUAUUUUUCAAAAUAGUGAAAGUAUACGAUGCUAACAUUGUUUUUUUCUUUACUUAAAAGGGCAUUUCCGAGUCGAUUGAGGCAUAGUACAAAUUUUUAUUAUAGUGGUAUACAAUUUUUUUUUAUCGUGACCAACGCUGUUAACAAAUUUUUUAUCACACCUUAUUCACAAAGUAGUCAGUUAACGUUCUUUUGUUUCAAAAAAUCAAAUUGUAACUUGAUUUAUUUAAAAUAAUGUGAAAUUCAUUUGGCGGUGAAAAUGAAACUUUACAUCUUAUUUCUUGUUUAAAAAUUAAACUYCGGGUAAGUCCCAGUAAUUUGACAUUUUUUUUUUAUUUUUUAACAAACAAAAAAAUAUAUAGGGUGAUUCGUGAAAGUUUUUACAAAUUUGAUUUUUUUCUUAUCAUGACCAACGCGGUUAACAAUUUUUUUUUACACCUCGUUCACAAAGUAGUCAGAAUUAACGUUCUUUUGUU